UGAUGGGUCAGUUGAUAUCUCACGAAGGUACCAUUUAUUUCAGUGGAAUUGCAGGGCCUCUGGCACAGGUCACUGCUGCAUUUCCUUACUUUGUUCAUGCAAUGACCUCUGCUACAAAAAUGCUGAUAUCGAUUCCUGCUUUCUUCCAAUUUCAACGGUUUCUUUGACCACCAAAGGGACCUAGUGGUGACAUUGUUUUGUCAACUUUCUAAUGUCAAAAACACAAGAUGUCCUUGAGCCUUCCAGAAAAAUGUCUCUAUGACAACAGAGAAAACCUUGUCUACCCCGAAAUAGAAAUAGAAGAAUCUUUAUAGAAUUAUAGACCUUUCUUUGUUCUUUCUUUUGGUAUUUUUUACUGCGUACAAAACAACACUGCUCAGUUAAUGUGCUAUUUCAUCCCUUUUGACCAUUAUUUAUUAUUAGAAGCUCCUGAUGCUGCAUGAUGUUAAAUAUUCAAUGUUCCACACAUUGGUCAUAUACUCAGUCAUGUAAAUUGUGCCUACCGGUAGUAAUGGGAUGUAGUGUGACCUGUUACAUAAGCAGGAGUAUCCGUAGUAUCAACAUGGGGUCUUCCAUGACUUAUGCCUCCCCAUUUCCCCAUCUCUAUUCUCGUAAGGGCGGCCUUAAAAACGUCUCCAGGGAGGAAAUAUUGCCUGCAAGGUUAGCAGGACAUUCUAGGGUCCCCAGAAUGCUGUGAUAUACGAGGCAUGUAGGCAGCACGCGUGUGCCUAACGGAAGAGGAUCUUCUUUAACAAGUUGCUCUAAAAGGCUGGGAUUUAUGUUUUUCCUUCUUUUUUCAUCUGGCGUAUUGCAAGCUUUGGUCUUUUUUUUUUCUUAUUUUUACUUUUUAACACAAAGAGCGAUUUGUUUUGGCAUCAAAGCCGUGCUCCUGAGGAGUAACAUGAUGGCCAGCUUUGAGAGUUUAGUUUUGCUGUUUCUGCAGCAGCGCAGACAUUGUGGCUGAAAGGGUUACCGGGGUCUCUCCCUCCCUCCCUCUCGCUCUCCCUCUUUUUUUUCUUUUCCAUGUGCCUUGUGUUACAGUGGACUUCUCCGUCUCUCCCUCUCUGUUUUCCCUCCCCCAUUCUUCUCCUUACCCCUCCCCCAGCUAUGGAAAUGAACUCUGUGCUAUGGAUAUGAGGGUGAAGAUGAGGUUUUCAGCAAAUUUCCAGCCCUGCUUGCAAGACAGCCUCUUGGCCCGCUGCCCACAUUUUGCAAGUCCUUUCCAGCCAACCAGAAUUCCUGUCGGCAAUCACCUGACCCUGAAUUCCCAGACAAAGAAAUGUUCAUGCUUUCUUUUUUUAAGCGAUCUCUUCUACCCUGAGAGUGGGGGUGAAAAAAACUCAAGCCCCACACUGGAUUAUGAGGGUUGCGCGCUGGUGUGUAUGGGCAGAAAAAAAGUCCGAACUGAUGUCAGCAAUGAACGUGAUGAAGGAUCCAGAGGAGAAUGAAACAGAGACUCAGGUAGAAGACGUCUCAAUAAUCCAGCAGCCAUCCCCUUUAAAGCAGCAGCAGCAGCACACUCAGUCACAGCCUCAGUGUCAACAGCAGCCACAGCCGUCGCUGCCACAACAACAACAACAACAACAACAUCAGCAGCCGCCUCAGCAGCCUACUGACCCCGCUUCCCCCACUGUGGCCACGACCCCCGACCCCGUUGCCAUCGCCGACGGAGACAAGACGUCCCCUCAGCCCGCAGACACUGAGCCGGAGUACGAGGACAGUCGUGGUUUUGGCAUCGGCGAGCUGGUGUGGGGAAAGCUCCGAGGCUUCUCGUGGUGGCCGGGCCGUAUCGUGUCCUGGUGGAUGACGGGACGCAGCAGAGCUGCCGAAGGAACCAGAUGGGUGAUGUGGUUCGGAGAUGGAAAGUUCUCAGUGGUUUGUGUAGAGAAACUCAUGCCUUUAAGUUCCUUCAGUAAUGCCUUUCACCAGCCGACUUACAACAAGCAGCCCAUGUACAAGAAAGCCAUUUAUGAGGUGCUACAGGCGGCUAGCAGCCGAGCAGGAAAAUCCUUUACGGCCUGUCCAGACAGUGAUGAGACAGACACCUCGAAAUCAGUUGAAAUGCUGAACAAGCAGAUGAUUGACUGGGCUAUGACAGGAUUUCAACCCACUGGACCCAAGGCUUUAGAGCCUCCAGAAGAGGACCGUAACCCGUAUAAAGAGGUUUACCCUGAGAUGUGGGUGGAGCCUGAAGCUGCAGCGUAUACGCCUCCGCCGGCCAAAAAGCCUCGCAAAAGCACGGCAGAGAAGCCCAAGGUCAAGGAUGUCAUUGACGAGAGGACACGAGAACGGCUUGUUCAGGAAGUCAGACAGAAGUGCCGCAGCCUAGAAGACAUCUGUAUCUCCUGUGGAAGUCUGAAUGUGAGCCUGGAGCACCCGCUGUUUGCAGGAGGAAUGUGCCAGAGCUGUAAGAACUGCUUCCUAGAAUGUGCAUAUCAAUAUGACGACGACGGUUACCAGUCCUACUGCACUAUCUGCUGCGGAGGACGAGAGGUGCUCAUGUGUGGAAACCACAACUGCUGUCGGUGUUUCUGUGUGGAGUGUGUCGACCUCCUGGUGGGUCAGGGAGCGGCGCACGCAGCCAUCAAAGAGGACCCGUGGAACUGCUUCAUGUGCGGUCAGAAGGAUGCGUUCGGUCUCCUGGGCCGUCGCAGUGACUGGCCCAACCGGCUCCAGCACUUCUUUGCAAACAAUCAUGACCAGGAUUUUGAGACACCAAAUAUUUACCCCCCAGUUAUGGUGGAGAAGAGGAAGCCCAUUCGGGUCCUGUCGCUAUUUGACGGCAUAGCAACAGGGCUAUUGGUGCUGAAAGAACUUGGCAUCGAAGUGGAUCGCUAUAUAGCUUCUGAAGUGUGCGAAGACUCCAUCACUGUGGGCAUCGUCCGGCAUCAGGGUCGCAUCAUGUACGUCGGCGACGUGAGGAACGUUACGCGCAAACAUAUACAGGAGUGGGGUCCUUUUGACCUAGUUAUUGGUGGAAGUCCAUGCAAUGACCUCUCCAUAGUCAAUCCUGCUCGGAAAGGUCUUUUUGAGGGCACCGGUCGCCUGUUUUUUGAGUUUUACAGGCUGCUCCACGAGGCCCGGCCAAAGGAGGGGGAUAACCGGCCUUUCUUCUGGCUCUUUGAAAAUGUGGUUGCCAUGGGUGUCAGCGAUAAGAGGGACAUAUCUCGCUUUUUAGAGUGCAACCCGGUGAUGAUCGACGCCAAGGAAGUGUCUGCUGCCCACCGUGCCCGCUACUUCUGGGGUAACCUUCCUGGCAUGAACAGACCUUUGAGUGCUAUGUUCAAUGACAGGGUGGACCUCCAGGACUGUUUAGAACAUGGCAGAACGGCAAAGUUUGGCAAGGUGAGGACCAUCACCACCAGGUCUAAUUCAAUCAAGCAGGGCAAGGACCAGCACUUCCCUGUCUACAUGAACGAGAAGGAAGACAUCCUCUGGUGCACCGAGAUGGAGAGGAUCUUUGGCUUCCCAGUCCACUACACGGACGUGUCCAACAUGAGCCGACUGGCGAGGCAAAGGCUCCUGGGCCGAUCGUGGAGCGUACCGGUUAUCCGCCACCUGUUUGCCCCACUCAAAGAUUACUUUGCCUGUAACUGAGCAGCGAGAAACCCAUCUCGCAAACAUUUAGGAACUACAACUGUAUGAAAUAAGAGCCUUGAUCCUCAAAUUAUACUCUUGUAUAAUUUGCAAGCAAAACGUUGACGUAGAUUUCACAUUACUUCCUGUGUUUGAAUUGUAAUUCUUAUUCUAUUUAAUUUUGAUAUGUCAUUUACCUUUUAGCAGUGUUAUCAAGUAUUGUUGAAUUGUUUGUGCAGGCUAUACUUGAGACUAUGCUUUCUUCUCACGACACUGAGACAGAAAAGUGCUGAACACGCGUGUUUUGAACGAGACGGCAGUGCGACGGGAAAGACCCGACAGAUAGGAACGGGGUUUUCGAGAUAUGUGAAAUGCUUCUGCUGCGUGAGCGUACUGUACGUCUGUACCUGCAGUGCGGCCAUGCUUCCAGCUUCUGAGCCUGACGGAGAUGUGAAGAGAAAGAUAACUGUCUUCAGUGUCAGGGGAGCUGCCUCUCUAAGAAUCCAAAACACCAGAUCACAUAUACCUCUUUGUUUACAGUUUCUACACACAACUGAAGGUAAUAAAGGUACUACUGUAAUAUGGUUACAAUACCAUGGUGCUCCAAGGUGAUGAGGAACAUCAUGGCCCAUGUGGCACUCCAACUUUAGACAAUGCAGAGCUCUUUAACCUGUUUCUGGUAAAACCAAUGGGGUUUGAUGUUUUGUUCACUUUAAAGAAAAGUGACCGUAGAAUGCAAACUAGAGCAUGUGCUCUUUUCUGCUUUUCACGGCUUUUACCCAGUUUGUACCGUUGCUUAUUUAAUCUCUCAGCCUUGCCACACUCAGGCUCUCCUCACCCGCGUGGGCCAUGAUGUUUUCCGUCACUCAAAAAGAAAAAGAAAAAAAAAACUAAGAUUAACGUCUGUGAAACAAUUUUUUUCUAGUUUCAUCCUGAACAAUGAUAUUACUGUACAACUGGGUGGUUGCUAGAGGGAGGGAGGGGUGACCAGGCCGGGUAACUCUCCUCAUCAACUUCCACCUCUCUAAACUGAAAAACUGUCAGGUGCAAAUCCUCAACAAUAUGGUGCGGCUUCACACAGUUCUUCUACCUUUUUAUAGCAAUUCUGUGCUGUUUUAUUAACAUUAUAAAGCACUUUUAUAUGUAUCCUUUAUUUUUUUCCCUUGAUAUUUCAAAAACAAGUUAUUGGUUCUUGUGAAUUGUUUUUUUUGUUUUAUGAUGUGAACUGAUCUACCCUUGUGUAAUACUUUUUGUAUACAGUAGGGCUGUGCCAAUAGAAGUGAAAGAAUGGAUUUUGAUAUGUGAAACCAAUGUCAUUUGACUCAGUGUACAGUCGAUGGAUUGACAUUUGCAAACCCAAACCCCUUUCUCUUAGUCCAUCAUCAAUAUUUUUCCCUGUUGAAAGGCAGCGAUUGCGUGUGAUUCAACGCAGGGUCAAAGAAUGUCUAUUUCUUUUAAGAUUGUAAAAUGUAAGACAGAGUUAGAGAACUAUGUCAUGCGCUUUGUAUAAUAUUUUUGCCAUUUCCCUGGUAAAUCGUAGUCGCCAUGUUGACAAAUUUAAGUGCUGAUCCAAAUUUGGAUUGCUUUCACGAACACAAUUCUCUUGAUUGUAACCUCUGAGAUAAAUAUGGAGGAUUUAGGCAACAGUUUGUCAAAACGAAAAACUGACAGUGACAAGUGUUCGACGAAGAUGUCGGCACUCAAAGAGUAAAAAGGCCAAUAACAACAGAUGUUAUCGCUUAUCUAUAUCAUAUUUAAGAUUCUAAAUUCUAAAUUUAAUUUCUUAAUGUAAUUAAUUUCUUAAGUGACCUUAUUGCCAUAAUUUUUGUCCAUGCACAGUGGGCUCAAAAUGAGCUCUUGUGCUUUGUGAUACUUUUAACCAGAUGUUAUUUCCCCCUCCCCAUUUAAUACUUAACAUCCCCAUAUGUUUGUACAUUUUGUACAUAGAGUUUUCUGGUUGCUGUUUUCAAUUUGUUUUUAUCUUCAUUUUUUUUCAUCACGUAUGAGAUGUACAAAUAUAAUUCUUUGCUAAUAUAUAUCAUCAAAUUAGAAAAAAAAUCUUAGGUUGAAAAUAAAAAAUCAAGUGACAAAUUUGAUUCAAAACUUGCUUUGAGCAUUAGAUGUAGGGAGACUCCAAGUCGACUACUUUAUUGUACUGGUUGGUUUGUGUCCAGUGAAUACAGAUAUCAAUGUCAUGUGAUCUUUAUAGUGGCCUAUGGACAGCUUUAAGAUGAACGCUCUCGACUUCACUGCACAGCCCUACAUGGUGGUGUUAUUUUGCUUCUAUUUCCUUUUGUAAGACCUUAAAAAGAGGAAUUGUCAAUAUUUCUGAUGGUGCUAUACAUUUAAUCUAAACAAGAAGAAUAUAUUUGAUUGGAAGACAAAUUACUAUCUUGACAAUGACUGUUUUUAAGUUCCUCGUAGUAACGCAAAAUAAUUAUUUCACUCAUAUAAAUAUAUUAACAAAGGCAUUUUAACUUUGUACUUGAAAAAAUAAGGAUAACAAAUAAUGAAAGGUUUCCUAUAUUGUUUUAGAUUAGAGAUUGCUGUAGUUGGUGCUUAUCUGUGGGAUAAUUGUGUGAGAAAAAAAGACAGUAAUAACUUUUACUGUAGCAUAAUGUAUGCUUCAAACGCAUUGCUUCUUAAUCCUACAUUCCAUGCCAUAAUAUUCUCCAUGUCUGUUUUCAAAAUGUUGUUUUGAAUUGAUGUUUUUUGUCUUUUUUUGUAUCAGAAACAACAUUUGAGUUUUACUGUUCAAGGCAGGUCAAAUAUUCUAUAUUCUGUGAUACUGUUGACACUCUGUGACUUUCAUUCUGUCAUAACUGUUUAUGGCCGAUACGCUUUCCCCUGAAAACCAGUUCGUACAGCAAAUGUAGCAGUCAUUCUCCACUUUGACCGAACAUCCCAUACUUAAGUUUAGUGUCCAGAGAGAAGAUAGAGGCUCCGUAUGUACUUGUGCUGGAGAACACUUGAAUAAAUGUACUGUUUUUGUGCUAAAGUC